CUUGGGAGUGGUGGUGGAACAAGGCGCCGCCGCGGCCCCUCGAGUCGGGCUUUCUUGUGGCGUGACAUCAGCUGUUGACGGACUUGCUCUUUGAUUAGCAAAGGAAUCAGAAGACUCUCCUUGCCGCCAACAAGAGCAUGAAAUCAAAAGAAUUACUCGCGUGAGUUGGAGCAGUGACAGUGCAGGGUGGGUGGCGGCCAGCUAUUGGCUGAUUCAUGACUCUUUGAUAUCUCAGCCGCCAUGAUUUCUCGCGUGUGCGUUUCUUCUUGGCUGCGGCGCCCUUGAGUCAAGACGGCGGUGGCUUUGAGGAGACGCGAUGCUUGGCCGCGAGCGUCGUCCCGCGCGGGAGUGAAGGUUCCGGGGACUUCCCCGAAGCGGAAUUGAGGACCAGGUGACACAGGCCGUCCUGAAAGGUGUAGUGAUGAGCCAGAAGAGUAAGUGUGAGACGAUACGCGACACGAACACGGUGAAUUGUAGCGCGACGCGGCCCCUCGCGACGAAGGGCUGAGGCAGGACGAGUGUCCUUCCGUCACAAUGGACGCCAACGCCAGCGACGAUGACGACGCCUUCGGGAUGUUCGGCGGAUACGCGUCUCGGCCGCGGGUGCAGCGCUCCUUGUCGCAGGUGGUGACGUCGGGGGAGCUCUUGGGUCACUCCCUCCCUAGCAGGAGCAUCUCCGUCAGCAGUGCUCCCAUUAGCAUCCCCCAGCAGGACGAGCGGACAAGGAACAAGACAGCGGAGGACCACCGCAACAAAAACGCCGGCGAGCGACGCAGGAGCCUCAUCGUCGAGGUCUUCGAAUGGGGCAAGAACUGGUUGAUCGAGUCCGAUUCCAAGUCCCUCAAUUCUCUCUCGACGCAGUCCGUAGGCUCCGCCCCAGGCGCCGGCCACUCCCGCAAGUCCUCAGACACGUCUCAGAUUUCGGUGGCUUCCGGGGGUUCAGGGGGUUCCUCUGGCGGGGGUUCAACUGGCGGGACGGCAUCGCAGGACCCCGAAGAGGACCUCUGGGGGCAGUGGGGAAGGCUGGUCAAUGACUGGGAGACAUGGCAGAAGAAGAAGAGUCUGCAGCUCAAGGAGCUGGUACGCAAGGGUAUCCCUCACCAUUUCCGAGGAAUAACAUGGCAGCUCCUUUGCUCGGCACAUAACUCGCCAGAAAAGGGCAAAUAUGCAGAAUAUCUUAGAACUACGUCUGCUUGUGAGAAGGUAAUCAGGCGAGACAUUGCUCGGACGUACCCCGAGCAUGACUUCUUCAAGGAAAAGGACGGCUUAGGCCAGGAGAGUCUGUUUAACGUCAUGAAGGCGUACUCUCUGCAUGACCGGGAAGUCGGCUACUGCCAGGGAUCGGCCUUCAUUGUUGGGCUUCUACUUAUGCAGAUGCCAGAAGAGGAAGCAUUUGCUGUUCUUGUGAAGCUUAUGCAGGACUACAGGAUGCGCGAAAUGUUUAAGCCUUCAAUGGCGGAGUUAGGCCUGUGCAUGUACCAGCUGGAGUGCCUCAUACAAGAACAUCUGCCAGAUCUUCAUGCUCACUUCACCUCUCAGAGCUUCCACACAUCUAUGUAUGCCUCAUCUUGGUUCUUGACACUGUUUUCAACAACACUCCCUCAGCCACUGGCUUGCCGUGUAAUGGACAGUUUCCUAGUGGAUGGCAUUGAAGUUAUAUUCAGGAUAGCCUUAGCUUGCUUAACUUUAGGCAAGGAGGACUUGUUCUGUAUGGAUAUGGAGGGCAUGCUCAAGUAUUUCCAACGAGACCUACCUGCCAAAUUUGAGGCUGAUCCUGAAGCCUACUUUUCACUAGCUUAUUCCCUACGUUAUAAUCCUAAGAAGAUGAAGAAGAUGGAGAAAGAAUAUACAGCUAUGAAAACCAAAGAGCAAGAAGAGUUAGUAGAAUUAAAGAGAUUAAGAACAGAGAACAGACUUCUCAGGCAAAGAAUAGACUGCCUGGAGGCUGAAUCAUCAGCUCUAGCAGACAGACUGAUUCAAGGCCAAGUUUCCCGUGCAGAAGAAGCAGAACACAACUUUGCCAUUAAGCGUGAACUAGCAGCUCUAAGACAGCAUGAUGGAGAGACCAUGGAACAUUUAAGAGAUGCUCGUGACAAGAUCAGAAAGCUCACAGGAAUGAUAGAAGAGAAUUAUUCUUCUCAUGAAUCAUCAAUGGCAGAACUUAUGAUAAAGGAGGAAGAACUUACUCAGAAAGAAGAACUUGUUAAAUGUUUGCAGGAAGAGCUUGUGCAGGUGAGACUAAAGACGGCCGAGGCAGAGGCAACCAUUCGCGACCUUCGAGCCAGAAUCCAAGAGCUUGAGGAAGAACAGAAGAAGCUGAGGGAGGCCACUCCAGACCACUCAGUGGCCCACUUGCAGGAGGAACUGAUUGCUGUGCGAUUAAGGGAGGCUGAAGCCAAUCUUGCCCUUAAGGAUUUGAGACACAGAGUUCAGGAACUCACACAGCUGUGGACAAAGCAUGUGCAGGAUCAGCAUGGCGAUAAGAGUGAAGCUGCCAAGGCUGAUGCUACAAGCACACCAAGCAAGAAAUUGGGUGGUCUCUUCUGGGACCGGUCCAACGAAGCUGCAAAGCUUGAGGAAGAACUCAUGACAACUAAGCUGCAUGAGACUGCUGCUGUGGCUGAGCUGAAGGAGGCUAGACUAAAGGUUAUGGAGCUUGAAACAGCUGUUCAGGUGUCCACAAACCAAAUGAAGCGUCAGGAGGAAGAGAACAAGCGAUUACAAGAGUCUCUUGACACUGCCGAGGCUACCAUCCGUACCAUGCAGUCACAGCUUGGAGAGCAUAAGAGAAAGUAUACUGACCUUGAGAGCCAGAUGAAGGAGGAGAAGAUGCUGGCAAGAAUUCGUGAAGCUGAGAAGUCUCAAAGCUUAGCGGAACUUACCCAGAAAAUUUCCUCAUUGGAGUAUAAGAACCAAGAGCUGGUAACAGAGGGUGAAGUCUCGCGGGUAAGUGGGAGUGAGAGCGACCAGGUACCCCGCCUUCAGGACAAAGUUGCUGAACUCAAAUCAGAGAUUGCCCGACUGACUGCUAUCAACCGCCGUCUCACACGCACUGUAAGCAUGCAAAGACUGGAUAUUGUAAGCGGUCCUGAGUCAGAUGCUGAAGACACAGAAGAUCUGAGAUUAAACUUGGAUGAGGUAGAUUCAUUGCCAAAGAAAGACUCCGUUACAAGGGAAGAAAAUGGACACAUUGAUUACCUAAGCGAAGAAGGCAGAGUGAGAAUACCUUCCGUGACAAGUGACAGAUCGACUCCCUCUCCAACUAGGGAGACUGUGGGCAGAAAAAAGUCCCAGACGCUCGCUGAUGCUUUCCUCGAGCAGUUGCCAGAAGUGAGAAACUGUGACGAUGCAUAUCAGAAUGGUUCUGCGACUCACGAGGAGAGAGAAGCAUGCUAGUGAUUACUCUGACUUCUUUGUUGGGAUCAGGAUUAGAUAAAAGCCUGAUUGCUAGUGAUAUGCUACUGAUGGAGUGGACAGCUUUAAACCAUAACUUAGAUAUAAGAAACCCACUUUUUAUUAAUGUACAUAAAGUUAGGGAAGGAGAGUCAUAUAAUGAAACCAGUAGUCAUUGAAUUGUAUUUGAAAUCAUUUUAAUUUAAGACAUCACAACCAGUCCUGGCUAUAGGACACUAAAUAACUACAGUUGCCAUGUAUUCUGUAGGAUAUUUGGCGACCUUAAAGACUAGUUCAUCCAUAUAAUCCCGUGGACCAUGUCAAUUAAGUGUGCAUUUAUGGAUGUCUUUAUACUUUCAUAUUUAUGAGGUAAUUCUGUGAAUUAAGUAUGAUAACAUGGGACAUUAUCAUUUCUAUCUUUUGGUAGGAAGUGUUUAGUAAUCAAGUAUGUACUAGCCACUUUCCCCCAUACAUGUUGGGUAUUUUUGACAAGUGGAUUUAAAAUCAAAUUAUCUUAGAAGGGUAUCCAGGAAUGCCAAUGUAUGAAUUAAAGCCUUGGACUCCAUCCCUACCAAUGAGUCAGUGGUAAUGUUUCCCAGAUAGGUCCCCUUCCAGCAGGCCAGCAGGUCUUGGCUAGUCACAGGACUCAGGAUGGCUUGGGCCAAGACAUUAGUGGAAAAUGGUGCAACUUAAUUACAUCUGACAGUGUGAGCGUUCAUUUCUUAUUGUAAUAUAAAUAUUAGAUGCAAGUCAGGAACGUUGACACAACUCUUGGGGAUUCAUAUUAAUGCCAUCGAAUUGUAGAAAUAGUGGUUGGUUUGAACCUGGACUCUUUCUCUAAAUUUGCAUAUUAAUGUGACAAAGACCAAACUGUAGCAAUAGGACAUGCUUCACAAGUAUUUAUAGGCACAAUCAGUGUAAAUCUGUGAUGUUUUCCUUCAACCUUCAACCUCACAUGAGACUGAUGGUUAAUGAAACCAAAACAAAUAUAUUUAUUUACUUAGUUUUCACUUUUUUAUGUACUUACAUUUUGUAUAUAUAUAUACCAGAUAACAGUUCAUUUUAUUAAUUAUUUUAAAAAUUAUUAUACUAGUAGUCCAUUAUCCUUUCUCCUAAAUACUCUGUGUGUGUGUGUGUGUGUGUGUGUGUGUGCGUGCGUGCGUGCGUGUGUGCAAG